AUGCUUGAAAGCUUACGAGGAGCAGCAGUAGUUGCAGUCGUACUUGUUUCUGAUUCCGUUGAAGCAUCCGUAGAUGACUGUUGGCUCGGAGAUCCUGGGUUACCCGGCGAUCCUGGAUUACCCGGCGAUCCUGGGUUACCCGGCGAUCCUGUGCUCGGCGAUCCUGGGUUGCCCGGCGAUCCUGGGUUACCCGGCGAUCCUGUGCCCGGCGAUCCUGGGUUACCCGGCGAUCCUGGAUUACCGAGCGAUGUCCUGAUGCCGCGGGCGCUCCUGGUUUUCCGGCGAUGCCUGGUUUAUAUCCGGCGAUUCCUGGGGUUACCCGCGAUGCCUGGGUUUACCCGGCGAUCCUGUGCCCGGCGAUCCUGGGUUACCCGGCGAUCCUGUGCCCGGCGAUCCUGGAUUACCCGGCGAUCCUGGGUUACCCGGCGAUCCUGGGUUACCGGCGAUCCUGUGCCCGGCGAUCCUGGAUUACCCGGCGAUCCUGGGUUACCCGGCGAUCCUGGGUUACUCGACUGCGCUAGAGAGAACGAGUGGUUCACCUUUGAAAGAGUACUCAUUGUCAGGGGUGGUGCACGUAGCAGUGACCGUAUUCGAUGCACACGCCUACAAGUGUAA